CCCGAAAAACUUUCGCCUUCGACGAUACACAAAAUCUAGUCGCGAUCAGGAAAAAAAAAAUAGAGAAACAAAUCGGAGAGUAGUGACCAUGGAUGCUAUUGCAGGCAUUGUGGAGAUAGUGCAUAACAACAAUGGCCAUGCUGGAUGGGAUACCACAUGGAAGAAAAUAAGCAGCUCGUAUUAUGGGAUACUUCGGGCAGAUGUUAUAUUUCUACUCAAGAAAUGCCACAUUUGUGCAAACGACGCCCGCAAACGCCCGAAGGGCUCCAACAACAAUAUAUCAGAUUUUCCCUUGGAAGAAAGUGCCUCGCUUCCCUUCGACGACUGGUUUUUUACGUCGGACGCAUCAUGGAAUGAGCAUCGAAUUAUUCUCUGA